AUGGUCCAGUCAAACAUCCUCGUCUUGGCCGCCGACAACCCCACUGCAGUUCUGGAGCAGCUCCGUGCCAAUCCUUCGAUCGCAUCAUACCAGGAUGAAUCUGGCUAUUCUCUAUUGCACGCAUCUGCCUCAUAUGGACACGUCGACCUCCUGCGCGCCCUGGUAAACGAAUUCCACGUCAACGUCAAUCUUCUCGACGAAGAUGAGGAGACAUGUCUAUUCGUGACCGAAUCUCCCGAGAUCGCACGUUGCUUGGUCGAAGAAUUGAAGGUGGACUAUAAUCACAAGAACAAAUCCGACAACUUCACGGCAGUUGAGAAGAUGGAAGCGGACGACGAGUCCCCACAAGUCAUUGCUUACCUCCGUGAGGUUGUUGGUGGCGCUCCGGCCCAGCCAGACUCGGGCAUGUUGAACCCCCCGCCGCGCAUUCCCAAUAGCGACAUGAAAGUCAACAUUGGAACCAUGACUGAAGAUGAGGCAACCGCCGGAGCAAGUGAACCCGAUCCUGAGUUCAAGAGACGCAUUGAGGAACUUGCAACCCGGGAGGACUACUAUAGUGAGGAGGUGCAGAAUGAGGUUCGCGAGCUGGUUAAGGACGCCAUGGCGGGCUCGAAUAUUGAGGCCAUGGAGCGGGAGCUGCGCAGACGGACUGAGUAA